AUGCGGCUCGGGCGGCCGCGGCCCCCGCAGGCGGCGGUGCAGGCGAGACCGCCGGGAGCGGCCGCAAGCGCGCAGAGCUGGUACGUAGCGGCAGCUCUGCGGGUCGCAGGCCUGAGGGGCUACCGGGCCGUGGUGGUCCCAGAAGGAGGAGCUGCCGGCGCCGAGAGGCUUCGCGGCCGCUGCGGUAGCGACACCUCCCCGCCAGGUGUUGCCGCGCUCCCCGGGCAGACGGCGCCUUCGGCAGCGGAAGCUCUCGGAAUUUGGCUUCGAGCGCAGGCGGAGGCCGUGCUCGCCGAGGGCACGCCUCCUGGGGAGUCGCCGGUAGUGGAGUGCACGACGGUCGAGGUGGCGCCUCCCGUCUCCGAGGCCAGACUGGUCGCCGCAGAGCAGCAGACAGUGGAGAGGCAGCGCCAAGAGGGAGCGCUGCAGAACCAGCUGGCUGAGGCCAGAACGGUGAUCGACAGGCUCUCGGCUCAGGCGACGGCGGUCCCACCAGAUCCCCCAGGACCACCAGCGGCGGCGACUACGACGGGCCAGAACGGCAGCGCCCUGGUGGAGACGAGAGCCCUCGGCAAGCCGCUGCCGUUCGCAGGGGGCGCGACGACCGAGGGCAAACCAGACGGCGGAUUCGCUCGGCAGCAGUGGUCUUUCACGUUCAGAGAGCAGCCCAUCAGCAACAUCUCGAUGGAGCCUCAUGGGAGGAGGCUCUCGGCACAGAUCUUCUACGUGCUGGCGCUCACCUGCCGAGGGCGAGCGCUGUCAGUGGUGCAGCGUGCACCUGAGGGCUGGGGCAUCGAGGCUUGGAGGCAGCUAUGCAUCGAGUUCGAGCCGAAGCUCCCGAGUCGCUUCCAGGGCAUGCUGCAGCAGCUACUGGACCCUGUACGUGGCCCAGACGCCGUCGAGAACAUCUAUGCGUGGGAGCGGAAGCUGAAGCAGUACGAGGAGCAGUCGGGUGACACCAUGGCCGACACGAUCAAGCUAGCGACGCUCAACAGCAAGCUCCUGGAGGGCAACCUGAGGACCCACCUCAACCUGCAGGCGGGACGCCUGCAGACGUAUGAAGCGGCCAGGAACGAGGCGAUCUCGUACCUGCGCGCGACCGCCAGCCAGGAGCAGGAGCCUGUGCCCAUGGACCUGAGCCCAGUGACGGGAGAGCUGUACCCUAUGACGAUGGGCGGCAAAGGCAAGGGCAAGGGCAAGGGCAAGUCAAGCAAGGGAAAGGACCACGACGGCAAGGGUAAGAACAAGAGGGUCUGCUUCUACUGCGCCAAGCCGAACCACGCGAAGCAAGAGUGCAGGGUGUUCGCGCCGGACCGCACGAACAAGGACAUCAAGCCCGACAAGGCAGGGCGAUACAUGGGGAAGCCAGUCGACAAGGUCACUGGCAAUCGUGCGGACGCCGAGAAGGGAGACAUGGCAGCGCUGACGGCGCUGCCAGAUGACGACGACUACGAUGAGGCAGACGGGUUCGUCUUCGCCCUGACCGACGAGGUGAUCGUGAUGGGGGACAGCUGUGCGCUCGAGGGUGACGAGUUCGACCUCCUCUUCGACACGCGCGCGGCGAAGAGCGUCUGUCCACCGACAUGGGCCCCAGAGGUCGCUGUCGAGGAGUGCCGUGGCACGGCGCUCUACCAGGCGGACGGCAACGAGAUCGCACACUACGGCAGGAAGGAGGUGAGCAUGGUGGACCAGAGCUCGGGCGAGCAGUUGACGGUGAACUUCGAGGAGUUGGCAACGGUCGUGAGAGACAGCGUCGGCAAGAACAGGUCCAUCGAGUUAAGGCGGAAGACCGGCAUCUUCGUCAUCCCAGCUCGGCGGUGCUCGAGCAGCGGCGAGCUGUGCGCGGCGACGGAGAAGGACGAGGAGCCGGACGACCUCGAGGAGAGCGAGGACGCCAGGCCCGCGCUCACCAAAGCGCUUGCGCCUUGGCCGAGCGCGGAGGAGAAGGCUGGGCACGAGCUGACCCACUGCCCGCACCGCGCCUGGUGCAGGUACUGCUUGACGGGCCAGGCGACCGAGGACCCCCACAGAAGCCAGUCCAAGGAGUCGACGGCGGCGAAGCUCGCGCUGGACUACUGCUUCCUGGCGCGCGAAGGGGAGCUGCGGAAGGCCACGGUCCUGGUCUUCGUGCUGGGGCCCCCUGGCGCCGUGGGAGCGACGCAGUUCGUGCUCUUCUACCUCGAGGCGUGCGGUGCUGGUGAGGGCGUGCUGAGGGCAGACCAGGGGCCAGCCAUCCAGGCGCUGCUUGUGGAGCUACGCCGCCGGCGCAGAGUCGAGCACCACCGCACUACGAUCGAGAAGUCCACGAAGCACGACAGCAAGGCGAACGGCGGCAUCGAGGUGGUGGUGCGCAGGGUGGAGUCGCUCACUCGCACCUGCGUUGCCGUCAUCGAGGACAAGUACAAGACCAAGGUGACGAGCCAGUCGGUGAGCCUCCCGUGGCUGGUCAGACACUCGGCGUACAUCAUCACCAGGUUCGUUCUGAAGAGUGAGUGUCGGAGUGCCUGGGCGACGAUACGAGGUAAGGAGUUCACAUCGCGUCUCGCGGGUGUGGGCGAGACGGUGGACUUCAAGCUGAUUCGCAAGGACCAGUCGAAGCUUGACCCACGCUGGGCCUCGGGAGUGUUCCUCGGGCGGAGGGGCGAGAGCGAGGAGGUUGUCAUGGGCACAGCACGAGGGAAAGAGUUCACCAGGUCAUUCAAGAGACGUGCCGAGAGCGAGCGCUGGAUCCAGGAGGAGUUCAGGACAUUCAUCGGCGUGCCCUGGAACCCUAGGGCCCCGACGACGGAGGCCCCAGUGGUGAGCGCGAGGCGGAGGUGCAUCACUCGCGCCCUGACCCAGGAGCACGGUGAGAGUCCCGUGUACGGCCUGCCUGGGGCUGAGAUCUUCAGGAAGCAGGCCGAGCAGCUGGUCCAGGCGCAGCGGGCGAGCGGCGCAGGCAGCGCCGAGGCCCCGACUCCAGGACCUCCAGGAGGAGACCCAGGACCCCAGAGCCAGCCAGGACACCCACAGGCCAUCGGCGGACCUCCAGGGCUGGAGUUGCCUGCGGCCAGUGGUCCGAAACGCGAAGGUGAUGCGGUCCACGACGGAGAGCCAGCGAGGAAGAGACCAGUCAUCGACGUGGCCCGCGCUGCGCCCAUGGACACCGACCCAGAGGCCGAGGCCAUGACCCUCGGCGCGCUCUGCGAAGAGGAGGUCCCCGUCCCCACCUUCGACGAGAAGCUUUUUGCGGGUAGCUUCCACGACCAGUACACUGGGGAGUUCCUCCCGAAGGAGCUGGUGCUGGAGGGUGUGAAGCGCGAGCUCGACGAGAUGGAGGAGUUCGAGGUGAUGGUCUGGAAGAAGCGCAGCGAGAAGCCACCUGGCGAGAGAGUGAUCUCCACCAAGCUCUUCCACACGCGGAAGGGGCCAGACUGCGUGCGAUCACGGGUGGUCGCGCGGGACUUCGCAGGAGGCGUUUUCGUGACGUGGGCGCUGAAGCUGGUGAUCUCGAGGCUGGCAUCGCGUCGGGAGUCAAGGCAGCUUGCGUCGCACGACAUCUCGGUGGCAUUCUUCCAUGCGCAGCUGAAGGAGGCAAUCUGGGCCGAGCCGCCGAAGGAACUGAAUUGUCCAGACUGGCUCUGGCUCGUGAGCAAGGCACUGUACGGGAUGAGGGAGUCGAGUGCUGACUUCCAGAAGCUGGUGCGGGACGCGUGCCGAGAGCACGGCUGGAACAUCCUGUCGACGGUGCCCUGCUUGGCGUAUCACAGCGAGUGUGACUGCCUGUCGGGGUUCCACGGCGACGACUUCUACACCGGGGGCGAGCCGCAGCAGCUGGACAAGGUCGACGCCAUGAUCACGGGGAGCUUCAAGGCCAAGAUCCUCCCAAGGGUUGGGCCAGCAGCUGAGGACAAGGGUCUGGUCCUACGACGACUUCUACUGUGGAGCCCGAGCGGGUUCAUGCUGCUGCUUGACCCGAAGCACUUCGAGAACCUGAGCACGCUGCUGGACCUGAAGGGCGCGAAGCCGUCCCCGACGCCUGCCAGCCGAGCGACAGGCAAGAACGCACGAGACGCACUCGAGGAGCUGAAGCGGGCCGCGAAGCCGAUCUACUGCAGGGGGACGGGCAUAUGCAUGUACAUCGGCCCAGACCGUUUCGACAUCCAGUUCGCAGUGCAGCUGUUGGCAUCGGAUAUGGCACAUCCGACGCGUUUGAGCAUGAUGAGGUUGCGGAGGCUGGCGCGCUCCCUGGCUGGGACGCACGACGUUGGCAUCGAGUUCCUCUGCCAGGCGUCCUGGAACGACAUCGUGGUGCACUCCGGCGGCGACUGGAGUGGCGACGUCCAGACGUGCAAGAGCACGCCGGCAGGUGCGAUCCUGGUCGGAAGCCCCAGCGCUGGCCACCUCGUCGAGAGCUGGAGUGUCACGCGGGGUGCCGUCGCGCUCAGCAGCGCGGAGUCGGAGUUCCAUGCGGUCGGCUCGGCGGCGGCUCGGGGGAUCGCAGUCAGACAGGUGAUGGUCGAGAUCGCUGAGCUGGGAGCGGGCCUUCCAGCGGGCGUGGAGCUGAUCAUCCGCUCGGACUCGGACGCGGCCCGCGGCAUGAUCCACCGCGUGGGCUGCGGGCGCGUGCGAGACCUACAGACACGCUAUCUCUGUCAUCAGCAGGCGCUGAGAGAGAAGCAGUUCGAGAUCGAGCGAGUUGAUGGCAAGAAGAACCCGAGUGAUGCAGGGACGAAAGCGCUCGACCAGGAGGCGCUGCAGGCCUGCAUGGUGAGCCUUGGGAUUGUGAGCAGGACUGUGGCAGGCUUCGGCACGGACGAGGCCGCCCAGGUCCUAGCGGCGUUGCUGCUGCUGUGUGCGACGGCGCGGACCGCACACGGAGCAGACGCGAACACCUGCGUGGCGGGUGCGAGCCAGACGGAGACCUACGGCGUGAUGAUCAAAGUGUUUGUAGCGAUCGUCCUGAGCGCUGUGGGCUUCGUGACGGGUGUGCUCUACGAGAAGCACAUGAAAACGAGGGAGCGCAGUCAGGCGCGCCCCGCUUCAGCCCGCCUGCUUUUGGACUCAGGUGUACAGGCUGAGCCAACCCCCACCCGCUGCGAGGAGAAAGGAAACCAGGCUCCUUGCAUGUACGCCAGGAAUCGUGCCCAGCCCCGUUUCGUUCCUUUGCCCUGA